CUCCCAUAGCUUGCCUGCAAAAGUCUCUGAUGCUCAUUAUUAUUAUUGUCAUCUUGUCAUUUUCAGUAGUGUGAAAAUGCAUGGGGUUUGUGUCACUGGGAGAGUGUUCUUUCCAGACCGGAUGAUGAGGUGUGUGGCUCUGAAUGGGCAAGGCUUCCUGAGUCUUGACCCCAGAGACAACUAUGGUCCCAUUGGUAAGAGAAACGAGAGGGAGAGCUGCACCUCUGGCUCUUCUCUAGGAUCCUUGCCCUUAGGGUCUGGGAAUUGGCUUGUGGAAUUGGUUGUGGUCCUCCAGCAACCCUAGGCGUCCGUCCCUUCCUGAAUUAUUGCCUGUUUUUCUUCAGCUGUUCCUACUUUUCCGACCUCUUACCAGCAGCCUCAUUUUCUCAACCACUUAGGGAGCUUGAGCUGGGCGGGUCAUUGCUGUUGGAAGUUCCUGCUUUCUAUUGGACAGCCUUUCUUCCCGGCCUGUGGGUUUGCCUUUAAGGAAGGGGUAGAACCUUUCCCAGGGAGGCCUUCUUGGGCUGAACCACACCUUUUUUGGAGGCAGGAAGGGAAAAGGCAUCAUCACUUGCAGAACUGGUGGUGUGGGAGGCCCUGCUCCCUCAGGAUCACCUGGCUCCUCAGGGCUGAGCAGCUGCUGAGGAGGCGGCAGGACUGGGAGUGCCCUAGUUAUUCCAUUUAUCUCGCUGGGGACAACUGUGCAGAUAGGAGAUGAGACUUGCAUCUCUCUCCUUUGGUCAGCCAGGUUCAAGGCAGUAUAUUUUAGCCCUGUCCUUUCCUAUUUGCCUUGCUUUUAGGCAGAGAGGAAGCUUGUUCCCUGAACAAAACAAAAGGAGGCGACAGGAGACAGUGCACAGCAAGGGAAAUCCAGUACUACUAGAAAUCGGCCCCAAACACUGGUUUCACACUCUUGGUUCAGCAUACUAAGUGUCUGAUUUGGGGUUUCACUGAAAUCGUUUGCCACAAAUGUAAUUUCCACAGGCUGCUUGGGAUUUAGGCCCUUGUACACAGACACACAGAUACAAAUGAAGUGGUCCGGGAGCUGUCCGGUCCCCUUCUGCCUCCGGGCUCUCGCGGGAGCGGGCCUCUCCGGAGUACUCGCGCUUCCCCCCCAGCCCCCAGAGGGCGCUGUGGUCCACACCGCCGCACUGCCGGAGGCGUCCCCGGGGUGGAGCCUCUCCGGCAGCCGCCUCCGCCUCCGCGAUCGCAAACCCGGAAGACGUGCUCGGGCAGCUGGAGUGUGCGGGCCUGCUGGGCACGGCCAUGCAGCCCCUGGAGGUAGGUCUGGUUCCCGCUCCAGCUGGGGAGCCGAGACUGACCCGCUGGCUGCGGCGAGGCAGUGGGAUCUUGGCGCACCUGGUAGCUUUGGGCUUCACCAUCUUUCUGACAGCGCUGUCCCGGCCAGGAACCAGUCUUUUCUCCUGGCACCCUGUAUUUAUGGCCUUGGCGGGUGUAUGAGAGGACCUCCUUUUUCUCAGGCCUCCAAACCAGACAUGAAGCUUACUGCUCUCUCCUAUGUUCACAGUUCUGCCUCUGCAUGGCCGAAGCCAUCCUACUCUUCUCACCUGAACACUCCCCGUUCUUUUUCUGCUCCCGAAAAGCUCGGAUCCGGCUCCACUGGGCAGGGCAGACCCUAGCCAUCCUCUGUGCAGCUCUGGGCCUGGGCUUCAUCAUCUCCAGCAGGACCCGCAGUGAAUUGCCUCAUCUGGUGUCCUGGCACAGCUGGGUAGGAGCCCUGACACUGCUGGCCAUUGGUGGCCAGGCACUGUGUGGGCUCUACCUCCUCUGUCCUCGGGCAGCCAGAGUCUCGAGGGUGGCUCGCCUCAAGCUCUACCAUCUGACAUGUGGACUGGUGGUCUACCUGAUGGCUACAGUAACGGUGCUUCUGGGCAUGUACUCAGUCUGGUUCCAGGCCCAGGUCAAAGGUGCAGUGUGGUACCUGUGCCUGGCACUGCCUGUGUAUCCAGCCCUUGUGAUCAUGCACCAGAUCUCCAGAUCCUACUUACCAAGGAAGAAAAUGGAAAUGUGAGUUCCUGCAAACUCUGAAUCUAGGUGGGACAUUUGCCUUGGACUUCAUGGUUCCUUUGGUGGUCUACAAGGGAUCUGUUUCAGAAGUGGUCAGGUUUUUGCAUUUCUUGGCUGGUCCAGGGACUGCAGAAACCAAAGUUGCUAUUGCUGAGGAAUAAUUCAGUGGGUCAAAAUGGGGAAACGUACUGGGUACGAGUGGAAGGUGAUGGAGAGCCUGAUCCUGAAGCCUCUACUUGAUGAGAGUCAGUUUUGGGUGGUGCUAGUGAUGUGCUGGUGGUCAUUUCUUGCUUGUGUGCCUGAUGAAAAAUUGUAAGUUAUGAAUGGCCUCCAUGGAAAUUUGGCUUACUUUUAAGAAAGGAGUGUGAUGUAGUGGAGAGAGCCCAUGGGUCUUGUUUAUGGGAUGUGGCACUCUCAGGCUCUGAUGUACAACCUUAGGUACAUCCCAUACCUUAAGACCUCCGUUUCUUCAUCUGUGAAAUGUUUCUAAGCAGUCUCUAAGUCCCUUCCAUCUUAAUAUUCAACAUCUGUCAGGUCCAUGUCUCAGAACACCCUCCCAGCUGGGAACCAUGUGGACCACUUAGCAGACUUGGGGUAGUUCUUCACUCUCCUGUUUCUCCCCUGGAGGGACAGCUCUGCCCUUGAGGCCCUUCAGAAAUUUGUGCUGAUUUGGUCCCUGUACCAGGGCAUAGGGGGGUCAGACACUGUGGAGAGAAGGGACUCAGAUGAGGGUCUUCUGGACUCUAAGACAGUGAAGGCAUUAAAGUCACUUUAAGGCUUUAGGAGGAGCAGGAGGGCACUGGCAUCUUCCUUCAGCCCACCUCAGGAUCUGGGCUUUCUGAGCCAAAGAAAACAAAGUUUCUCUGGUUCCCCCUCUUGCCUUUUUUGUUAUCUAAGCUUUCCUCAGUUGUCAUCUCUUGCCAGCUCUUUGGUCCAAGAGGGGACUGGGUUUGGUGCCAGCUGGCAAAUGAGGGCUGGCCUCUCUUCCCCACAGAGAACCCCCCUCCUUGUUGCAGCUGAAAGUAGUUCCCCAGACUGCCCUCGGUGGCGAGGACUGGACCAGGAAAGUGCUGCUGAGGCAGGUACACAUAGCUCACAGGGAACGCUGGGAAGCCUGGGGUGUAGGCGCUGGAGCUCCAGUUCCUGGGAGCAGGGCAGGUGUUCUUAGAUGUUAAUGUUGUGGAUGACCUGGGUCUUCUGAAGAUUCAGGUCCUCCUCUCCGUGUAGCUCAGAAGAAAGGAGGUUGGUGUGAUUCAAUAGUACAAGAAUGGAGACAGCAAGGGCAGAAGUGUCCUCUCUGUGUACCUCAUUAUGCCCCUCCUGGGGGAGACUGCAUCUUCCAGGACAAGCAUCUAAAGGAGGCCCCUGCUGUGCAGAGGGGUGAUUGUUCCUGUCUCUUUCAUUGUCCUCCCUGCUCUCAAACUAUCCAGUGUGGUGUGAACUCGGAAGAAACAGUUACUGGGGCUGCAUGGAGAAUCUCACCUGUGGUGAUUUUGAUCCAGGGACUGCAUCUCCUCUUCCCACAUCACAGCCAAUGCUGAGGGGCUCACGCUACCUGCAGCAGGGUAGGAGGGCCAGGCAAAGUUCACCAGCUUGCUCUGAGAGCAAGCAGGCAAUGCCGUAAAGCCUGAGCCUGCCUGAGGUGCUGCCUCCUCCCAGGUGGUGCGGGGGCUGAUGGGCGGGCGGGCAGGCAUGCUGACAGCCGGCAGUUUGCGUGGGCUGUGCCAUCUGAUGUCUAUUCCCAGCCCUGGGAGGAAGGGGGAGUCAUUUAUAUUCUGCAGGAGGAAGGGGCCCCAGCUGUCGCCUUUCUGACCAGCGGGCCUGGAGGGCAGGGGCACAGAGCAGAGAGGAGGGCACAGGUGGUCUCCUGCUUAGCCUGGUCUGACUGCAGUAUAGGAACAGGUCACCAGGAGGAGCCCUUCAUCCUGCCAGGCCGGAUUGUGGAGUGACUUCCCUCCCCCGUUUCCAUUUCUCCAUCACCACCUGUCCUCACAUCCUGGGGCAGCAGCUGGACAGCCAUUAGAACUCAGUGCCAGGGCACUCUUCCUCCAGCUGGGAUCUCAGUGGCUCCCAGCUUCAUGACCUCCUGCUUGUAUGUUCCCUCCUCCUCCAUCCUCUGUUCCACGCACCUCCCCUUUUCUCCUUAUGUUUGGGGUAUUCGCUUGGUUCCUCCGCAAGGAAGCAAACGCCUUGGAGGAGAAGCACGUGGUUGCCCUUUUGUCCUUGCUCCCUGGCUAGGGAAAGCUGCUAGUGGUCAGCCUGUUUUGCCUUAAAAAAAAAAAAAAAAAAAAAGCCAGGGCAGGGUGCUUAGAUUUUAAAAAUUUGUGUGUCAUUUGCACAAAUUUUCCUAUCAAGCUAAGUCCUGAUUCCAUUUGAUUAUAUUCCAAGUUUGAUUAUAUUCAGAUUCAACCUUGAGGACAUUAGAAAUAUAGAUGGCUUCUGUAUCCAAAUCUGAACAGAAAUGAGAUUACCUUUCUGGGUUCAGCUACCCCUCCCAAACCCCCAUCUUUCCUGUAACUACCCCUCCUCUGACCCCCAUCACGGCUGGAGUGGUAUGGAAUGAGAGGAGCUCUGUGUUGGGGAAGUCCUCCAUCCUCACCUUCUUCGCUCUUAAGUGGUAGGCUGUUAGUACUUGCCAGGCUGGGCCUCCUCUCCCCCGACCCUUUCACAAGGCAGACUGCCCUUCCCCACUCACUGGCCCAUCCUUUCUUUCUCAUUGUCCCACCUUCUUCCACCCCCGUGCAUGGAUGCUAUAGACCUUUUUUUUUUUUUUUUUUUUUUUGAGAUGGAGUCUCACUCUGUCCCUAGGCUGGAGUGCAGUGGCAUGAUCUCGGCUCACUGCAACCUUUGCCUUUCAGGUUCAAACAAUUCUCCUGCCUCAGCCUCCUGAGUAGCUGGGACUACAGGCACCUGCCCACCAUAUAUUUGUAUUUUUAGUAGAGACGGGGUUUCUCCAUGUUGUACAGGAUGGUCUUGAUCUCUUGACCUCGUGAUCUGCCCACCUCGGCCUCCCAAAGUGCUGGGAUUACAGGCGUGAGCCACUGCGCCUGGCCAGGUCUUGUUUUUAAAAUCUCACUGUGGGAGAUUCAGGCAUUCUCCCUGAGCCAGCUGGCUGCUGUGCCAAGGCCUGUUCAGAGUUAAUGAUAAUCAUUAGCUGAAUGGUGCUGGGGCCUUUCAGCUUCAGAUCUCUAAGCACUUGCAGGCCGAGUCAGCCAGCCCUGACCUUAGCCCUCUUCCUGGGUUGCAGAGUAUAACAGAAUGGGGAGGCACUGUGGGAAGGAAGUCAGGAAAUCUUGCUGCUAGCCACACCUUGCAAUGUCUGUCUUCUGGGAGUGGGCAGAGAGUCCUCUCAGUAAACUUGCAAAAAUAAGACUUGCACCUGACAAAGGUCAAGAUAUGUAGGGAACACAGGGUAGGCUCACUGACUGUGGUGGUGGCAGGGGUGGCUGUUGAGCCUCAACUUCUAGUACUCCUGCCCUUCCUUCUGUUUACCUGUCUUGGCCUCCAGGGUGCACUCCUCAAGCCCAAGCAUUUCUGGGGCUCCUCUGCAAGCUUAGAGAGCAGGGAGGCUUCUGGUAGUGCUCCUGAUGCUCCUGUGUCUGGUUGGCACAAAUCCUGUGUAACAUGAAAUGAAAGGUGCAUCGGCCUGGGGGCUGGGAAACCUGCGGUAUGAAUUUACUCCGUCCCUAUCACUGGUGUGGCCGUGGGCAAACCACUUAUUGCUUGACCUACCUCACAGGGAUGUUGUGAGGGUUAGAUGGGAGAAUGAAUCUUAAUAGGAAUUGGAAAGUUCAAAGCAUUAAACUAAACACAUGUAAACAGGUGGUA